CAAAAGAGCAAGCACGUACGUCUGCCGGCCGGGACAAAAACUCCUCAGAAGAGCGAUACAAAUGGGCAGCUCCAACACCACCAACCCGACGGUUUUCUCUGGCAUCGCGGCCGCCGACGACGUGAAGGAACCCUUCCGGCCGCUUAAGCCCGAGGACGUCCGAUCUUACAUUCACGAGGCUGUCGACUUCAUCUGCGACUACUACACCACCGUGGAGUCCAUGCCAGUUCUCCCCGACGUCAAGCCGGGGUACCUGCAGCACGAGUUCAUGGCGUCCCCGCCAACUUAUCCCGCACCGUUCCACGUCACCAUGAAGGAGCUCAAGGCCUCCAUCAUCCCUGGCAUGACGCACUGGGCCAGCCCAAACUUCUUCGCUUUCUUCCCCGCCACCAACAGCGCCGUCGCCAUCGCCGGAGACCUCAUCGCCUCCGCCAUGAAUACUGUCGGCUUCACGUGGCAGGCUGCCCCCGCAGCAACUGAGUUGGAGGUACUCGCGCUUAACUGGCUCGCGCAGCUCCUUCACCUGCCCGACACCUUCAUGAGCCACACGGCCACCGGCGACCGUGGGACCGGAGGCGCCGUCAUCCUCGGCACCACCAGCGAGGCAAUGCUGGUAACGCUCGUCGCCGCGCGUGACGCUGCGCUGCGUCGGAGCGGAUCUGUGAGAGUGUUUGGCAUGCCGGGUCUGGUUGUCUACGCCGGGGACCAGACCCACUCCACCUUCUUCAAGGCAUGCCGCCUUGCCGGCUUCGACCCCGCCAACAUCCGUUCGAUCCCCGCCGGCCCAGAGACCCAAUACGCACUGGACCCGGCGAAGCUGCUCGAGGCCAUGCAGGCUGACGUCGACGUCGGCCUCGUGCCAACGUACGUUUGCGCCACGGUGGGCACCACAUCUUCCAACGCUGUCGACCCAGUGGGGGCCGUCGCCGACAUUGCUGCAUCCUUUGGCGCGUGGGUCCACGUCGACGCCGCCUAUGCCGGCAGCGCCUGCAUCUGCCCGGAGUUCCGCCACCACCUCAACGGCGUCGAGCUCGUGGACUCCAUCAGCGUCAGUCCGCACAAGUGGCUUCUCACCUGCCUCGACUGCACCUGCCUCUAUGUCCGCGACGCCCACCGCCUAAGCGACUCCAUGGAGACAAACCCGGAGUACCUCAAGAACGACGCUACCGACUCCCACGAGGUCACUGAUCUCAAGGACAUGCAGAUCGGCUUGGGCCGACGAUUUCGUGGGCUCAAGCUGUGGAUGGUCAUGCGCACCUAUGGCACCGCCAAGCUUCAGGAGCACAUUCGCAGCGAUGUCAACAUGGCCAAGUUGUUCGAAGGUCUCGUCCGCACCGACCACCGGUUCGAGGUCGUCGUGCCUAGAAACUUUGCCAUGGUGUGCUUCAGGAUCAAGGCUCGUGGAGCCAUAACAGAGGAGGCCGCAGAUGAGGUCAAUCGUGUGCUGAUGAAGAAUCUGAACAAGACUGGCAAAGCCUACUUUGCGCACACUGUGCUCAGCGACAGGAUCUUGCUCCGGUUUGCGGUGGGGUCGUCGCUUCAAGAGGAGAGGCACGUGAGGAGUGCAUGGGAGCUCAUCAAGAGGACGACCAACGACUUGAUGAUGGAUUAAGUGUGUGCAUUCAUAGAGAAUUUGACCCCAAAAAAUGAAAGAAACACACGACUAUUUAUGUGCCCGACAAUUGUAAUAGAGAGAGGUUCAUACUACAACCUUGAUUUAUCACCAAAGUCUAAAAAACAA